CUUGAUUCUCACUUUGCUCUUGGGGGCUGGUGGGGUGAUACCACCCUCCUCCCUCAAGCCUGGACACCCAUCGCUUGAUGCUCUCAUGGAUGCAGCCCUGCUCGGUGUCUUUGCCCAGAGGGGAAGGCUGGGCCAGCCCAGCCACCCUCCUGGGAUGCUCACUGGGGCUGGUGAAGGAGCCAGGGGAUGGGGUCCUCACUCAAGGACAUCUUCUCCUGUCACAGGUGACUGUGGGCCCCCACCUCACAUGACCUACUCCAGACCAUCCAGCGACGAGCCCACCAGCAUCUUCCCCGUUGGAUCCAUGGUGAUGUACAUGUGCAUCGAAGGCGCCAUCAAAAUCCCCGGGAAGGUGGACACGGUGAAGUGCCUGCCCGGUUCACGCUGGUCAAGACUGUCCGAGCCCUGCGGCCGGAGCUGUGGUGCCCCGACAAGGUUGCGGUUUGCUGCUCUGUCCAAGACGGACGCGAGGAUUAAUUUCUUUCCCGUUGGGACCAACGUGAGCUACGUCUGCCGCCCUGGCUACGAGAACACCUCGGAAAGCUCCCCCACCAGCACUUGCCUUGAAAACCUGACAUGGUCCGAAGCUGCUGAGCUGUGCAGGAGGAGAUCCUGCGGUGACCCGGGAGCGCUGCCCGCAGGCAGGAUGGUCGUUCUUACAGAUUUGCAGUUUGGUGCAAGAGUGAAGGUGUUCUGCGAGGACGGGUACAAAUUAGAUGGGAGUCAUUUCAUCCAGUGUCAGCUUAAAGGAAAUGAUGUUGAAUGGAGUAAACUUCCAACUUGCAAACUAAUUACCUGCUCUUCACCUCCUCAAAUUAGCAACGGAAAGCAUGAUGGUGAAGGUGUAGAAAAAUUCGCUUACAACACAACCGUGACUUACAGCUGUGAGUCUGGCUUCCAGCUCGUUGGAAAUGUAAGCAUCCGUUGCACGAGUGUGGACAAAACAAACGGAGUCUGGAGCGGAGCUGCGCCUGAAUGCAAAGAGAAAAGGACAUCUGUCAAACAAGGAGCAAAAGAAAUGGAAAGGAGUCCUGUUCCCCAAAGAUCCCGUGGAAAUGGCAUCCAGCUAUCUAAGAAGGCUUUGACCUGGGAAAUGAAGCUCAGCCUUUAUAAAAAGGCACUCCAAAAUACCAUCUCCUUCUCCCAUUCUUCUUCCAUCUCCAAGACACCAGUGUCCAGGAAUUGUGCUACCUCAGCCUUCAGAUUUGUUCUACCUCUGUACAAAACCCAAAGCUACUAUUCUCCUGGGACCAGCCAAGCAUUCAUGUGUCUUCCAAAGUACAUGGGGAUCUCUGGCAUCCUCCCCCAAGCUGGCUGCUUUGAAAACUUAAAACGGUCCAAAGUUGCAUCAUUUUGUGGAAUGAGGUCGUGGGCAGCCAGAAGGAGCUGGACAUGGCAGAAGUGCUGCUACAACAGGUUCCCCACCCGCUGCAAAAGAUUAUUUUACCCAUAACGAAAGGGUGAGUGUCAGCUGUGUUGGAAACUAUGUCUGAGAGGGAA